GGGAUGGAUCAUCUACAAUGUCCAACGUCCCCCUCCUUCGCUCGUCUUUUAUAGGAAGGUAGGAGCUGCAAUAUGAUCGUGCCUCGCAUCACUGUGGGGAUGCAACGACCCGAGCGUCGCAUUGCAUCUGCAUAUAUACUCUGCUCUGCUCUCGGUGUAGAGGGGAGUAUCGGUCCAUUAUUCGCUGUGCAACCUCUGACGGUAGCAUUUAUAUAAGGAAUGCGUGUGUUCCAGUCAAACUCCAUCUAGAAAUAGUACGAUUAAUUAGCACGAUAGAAAUCGUGGUGUGUGGCAUAUCUAGGCAUCAGGAUGGCGAAAGCAUCGUGGGCUUCCCCGCAAUCUGCUGCCCCUCGCUACCUUUCCCUCUUCUUCUUCUUCCUCAUAACGCCCCCCCUCGCAGCUCUGGGUGCCGAGGACAGCAGCAUCCUCCGCUUCGUAGACCCCCUCAUCGGCAGCACGAACGGAGGCAAUGUUUUCGCGGGCGCUACGAGGCCCUACGGGCUCGCGAAGGCCGUCGCCGACGUCGACGGCCAGAACACGGGCGGGUUCUCCACCGACGGGUCGAAUGUCAGGGGUUUCUCGGCCGUCCACGACUCCGGCACGGGAGGCAAUCCGAGUCUAGGCAACUUCCCCUUGUUCCCGCAACUGUGUCCCGACGACGAGGUGAAUAAUUGCGCCUUCCGCAUCGGCGAUCGCGCCACGCCGUACGUGGGCAACUCGGUCGCUGCGUCGCCGGGGUAUUUCGCCGUCGAGUUGGGGUCGGGGAUCAAGACGUCCAUGACCGCGAGCGAGCACGCGGCACUGUUCAGAUUCGAGUUCCCCGCCGCUGGCGAUGGUGAGAAGCAGCACCCUCUGGUGCUCCUCGACUUGACGGAUCUCUGGCAAUCGCGCCAGAAUGCGACCGUCAGCGUCGACGCCGAGACGGCGCGGAUGAAGGGCAACGGCACGUUUCUCCCGAGCUUCGGCGCGGGAUCUUACGUCAUGCACUACUGCGUUGAUUUCUUUGGCGGAGAGGUCUUUGAUAACGGCGUCUGGGUGAAUAAUCGUGGUGGCACCGAGCCGAAGGACUUGUACGUCACCCGCGGCUUUAACCUCUUCUUUCUGGAGGCGGGCGGUUGGGCGCGUUUCGAUGGGCUUGCUGAUAAUACUCUGACGGCGAGGGUGGGUAUAAGCUUUAUCAGCGCCGAGCAGGCGUGUCGAAGUGCUGAGACGGAGAUCCCUAGUCCCUUGGAUGAUUUUGACAGGCUUGUAAAAGAGGCUGAGGAUGCGUGGGAAGAGAAAUUGAGCCCUAUAUCUAUUAGUGCUGGUGGUGCGAGCGACGAGCUUUUGAAAAGUUUUUGGAGCGGUGUAUAUCGAACCAUGAUCUCGCCGCAGAACUACACAGGCGAGAACCCCAAAUGGGACAGCGGCAUUCCCUACUUCGAUUCAUAUUACUGCAUCUGGGAUUCCUUUCGUGUUCAGCAUCCUCUCCUAACCAUCGUAGACCCGGCUGCGCAAGUACAAAUGGUAAACUCACUGUUAGACAUAUACGAACACGAAGGGUGGCUACCCGAUUGCCACAUGUCGCUCUGCAACGGGUGGACACAGGGCGGUUCCAACGCCGACGUGGUUCUCGUAGACGCCUACGUCAAGAACCUGACGGGCAUCGACUAUGAGCUCGCGUUGAAAGCCAUCAUCCAAGACGCGGAAGUCGAGCCUCUCGAGUGGGCUUUCCACGGCCGAGGCGGGGUGCAGAGUUGGCGGGAUCUGGAUUAUAUCCCGUAUCUGGACUUUGACCCAGUGGGGUUCGGAACGAACUCAAGAAGUAUUUCGAGAACGCUGGAAUAUGCCUAUAACGAUUAUUGUCUAGCGACGCUCGCACAGGGUCUGGGUCAGACUGAUGUCUAUGAGAAAUACGUGGCGCGGAGCACGAAUUGGCAGAACUUGUGGAAAGAGGAUCAGACUUCUGCCAUUCGGGGUCGAGAUACCGGGUUUACCGGGUUCCCCCAACCGAAAUAUCAGAACGGAACCUGGGGUUUCCAAGAUCCCAUCGACUGCUCUGCACUUGCAGGUUUCUGCUCACUGACAUCGAACCCGAGCGAGACCUUUGAAGCAAGCGUCUGGCAGUAUCAGUUCCUGGUGCCUCAUUCCAUGUCCACCUUAAUCGAGUACAUGGGCGGCGAGGAGAAGUUCAUAGACAGAUUGAAUUUCUUCCACAGCUCAGGCCUCGCAGACAUCUCCAACGAGCCCGUCUUCUCGACGGUUUACCUAUACCACUACGUCGGACGACCAGGUCUCUCGGCGAAGCGCGUGCACACGUACAUCCCCUCGGCCUUCAACGCGACGAACGGCGGGCUGCCGGGCAACGACGACUCCGGGUCGAUGGGCGCCUUCGUCGUCUUCGGGAUGCUCGGGCUCUUCCCGAUCUCGGGGCAGGACGUCUAUCUGAUCUCGGCGCCGUUCUUCGAAGCUGUGAAUAUCACGAACCCUGUCACGGGAAGGACGGCGCAGAUCAAGACGGUGGGGUUCGAUGCCGAGUAUGAGAAUGUGUUCAUCCAGAAUGUCACGGUUAAUGGAGAGCCGUGGACGAAGUCGUAUAUUGGACAUGCGCUUUUCACGGAGGGGUGGACGUUGGAAGUCGUGCUGGGAAGUCAGGAGUCUAGUUGGGGUACUCAGCUUGAGGACCGCCCGCCUAGUUGGGGCGAGGGUAUGAAGAUGGCCGCCAUGUUGUAGGUAUCUCGGCUUAUCCAACGCAUAACGCAGGAAAUAUCUGUAAUCACCAUCAUCAUUGGUAGUAUUGAAUAAUUAAAGAUUAUCUGUAAUAAAUUAUCAUCAUCAUUUCUGGCA